UAUCAUUUUAGUCCGUGGUAUCAUCAAGUAUCAACACGUUAUCUGCCGCAAAAUUUAUUUUCAAACGAAUAUUACAAUAUUGUCAAUAACUAUAAUUGUUUUAGGUUUUGCUUCUUGUGAUUUAUUGUAAUUUGUAGUCACUUCAUAUUCUCGAAAAUGCAUGCCAUGUUAUAACUUACACGUUUUACAUUUCUGUAAAUUGCCUGUACCGAUGCCAUAAUUGAUAUCAAUAGUAUCACCGCCACUGUAAAAUGUUCACAAAAAAGAGGAAAUUGUGCUGCAGGUUUUGCUUUACAGACCUCUGGCUCGAGCAUACGUUCAUUAAAUGUGCGAAUGCUACCUGUGCCGAUUUGGGUGUUAGUCUUUGCCUUCAAUGUUUUGCAGCCGGUACCGGAGAUAAUGUUCAUAAGAACACAGAUCCAUAUCAAGUUCUGUGUAAUGCCAUCGACAUUGGCGACUACUUGUGGGCAGCUCAUGAAGAAAUCACAUUACUUGACACAUACAUGAAUACCUUGUCUUGGGAAAAAGUUGCUACAAAAUUAGGUAGAACACCAAAAGAAUGUGAAUGCCAUUACUUUGAUAAUUAUGUACUUUAUCCAAAAAUUAAAGGUCUAGAAUGUGUGAACAUAAAUGCAUUUAGAUUUGAUAGAUUUGAUGAUGUGAAUAUGCCAAACACUAUUGGUGAUUCAUUGGAUUUAGAAGAAUCAUAUCAUCAAUAUGAAUUAGCUAUUCGUUUAGCUGGCUAUCAACCAGCACGUGGAUCAUUUGAAGAAGAAUAUGAUAACCAAGCUGAAUGCAUUUUACAAUUAUUAGAUGAACCUACAUGGAUUGAUCAAAAAUCUAAAACCAUUUUAGAAUCAAAUGAAUUUUACAAAAGGCUGAAUACAACUAUUUGUGACAUUUUUAAUGAGAGGCUGCAAGAACGAUAUAGAAGAAGACAAAUUGUUAAAGACUAUGGACUUGUUGCAUUUAAUAAACACCAGUUAUGGAUUAAGUCUAUGGAGAUGAUAAUUGGUCCAGAAAUGAUGCGAAGGUUAAUUCGUUAUUUGCACCUAAUAAAACCACUGGCUUUUGAUUUACUUAUAACCAAUCUUAAACAAGAACAUGAAUUGUUAGCUAAAAUUCAUAAGCUCAUUGUUUAUCGUAAAAAUGGUUUAACUAAAAUGGCUCAAAUAAAUAUUUAUAAUGAAUUAAGUGCCAAAAGAGAAGAAUAUUUAAAAAUAAGGCCUUUGGGAUCAUCAACAUCAAGAAUUAUUGAAAACUCCAAGCCUCGUAUGAAUGUUUGUAAUCUUCCAGGUUUUCAAAAACUUGAUGAUGAUGAGAGGGAACUUUGUGCUCAGAUUAAAAUGUUACCUGAAUCAUAUUUGAAAUUUAAGGAAUUACUUAUAAACGAGUGUGAAAAAUCAAAAGGUAUAAUUUUAAAAACUGCAAGAAGUUUGGUUAAAAUUGAUGUUAACAAAACAAGAAAAAUUUAUAACUUAUUGAUGAGUAAAAAUAUAUUAUGGCAACGUUGCCAAGACUGAUUAUAUUAUUUUUAAACUAAAAGAUAUUUGUUAUUUAUGUUUUGUAUGUCAUCAGACAAGUAGCCAGGGGGUGUUUAGUAUAGGCGCAAUUAGGGGGGUAGCUUGGGGAAGAAGCUAAGUCUAGUUUUAUUCAUUGCCCCCCAAGUAGUUUUUUCAUCAUAUUUUAGUUUUAAAUAACAAUUAUCAGGGUCUGUGCUCCUAAUACAAUUUUAGCCCUCCCAGAAAAAUGUCCCUAGUUGUGCCUAUGGUGUUUAUAUAUCUCUUUCAAUCGUAUAAUUAAAAAAUAUAUUAGACGUGUGAACAGCUUCCCCCCACCUAAAUUGUGUUUAAAUAUUAAACACCCCCUUUAAAAAAUC